AUGAGUCUGUUGAGAGAAGAAACUAGUGGUGGAUCAGAGAGAGCAGCUAGCACAGACCGGCCAGCCAGGACGACAGGAACCCAAACGCCAGUGGCCCAAGGCAGGGACCGGCCCAUCCCCUCCCUCUCCCGCCCUCUGCCCGGCCUCCCAACUCCCUACUCCAAGUGUCUCCAAACUCUGAACACCCAGUGUCUGCGCCUCUGCACCGACCUGGGGGCCCUCCCCAGUUUCUCCUCCCCCCCUACCUCGGGGGACCUUAGUGGAGCGAGGGGGACCGGAUUCCAGAGGGUGGAGCGGCCAGGGCUCAGACUGGCUGCCAAGACCUCGCUUUUGGCUAAGAGAGGCGCUGCCAGCUUGCACAGCCCUGGGCAUGAACCUUCUGGGCUGCGGGGGAAAGCCCAGCUCUGGUUCCAGGAAAGGUGCCUAGAAGAACAGGACACAGAACCCCCGGGGUACAUCAACAUUCUGUGCGCCGGGGGUGAGGCUGGAGGUGACAGCUGGCACCCAAGAGCAGGCCCGCUACAGCCUGCUCUGUGGCCCACCCUGGCCGCUCUGGCCCUGCUGAGCAGCGUCGCCGAGGGUGAGGCCUCCCUGGGCCCCGCGCCCCGCAGCCCGGUCCCCCGCGAAGGCCCCACGCCCGCCCCGCCGUCCCCCGCGGGCCCCCUGCCGGGGGGCCGCGCGGCCCGUCUAUGCGGCGGAAGAGCCCGGCGCCCGGCGCCCCCGCCGCCCCGGCCCGCGCCCCCGCCGCCAGGGCCCUCGCCCUCGCCCGCACCCCCUCGCGGGGCCCGCGCGGCGCGGGCGGGGGCCCGGGGCGGCCGAGCGAGCCGGGGAAGCCGCGCGCGGGCCGCGGGGGCGCGAGGCUGCCGCCUGCGCUCGCAGCUGGUGCCGGUGCGCGCGCUCGGCCUGGGCCACCGCUCCGACGAGCUGGUGCGGUUCCGCUUCUGCAGCGGCUCCUGCCGCCGCGCCCGCUCCCCGCACGACCUCAGCCUGGCCAACCUGCUGCACGCCGGGGCCCUGCGGCCGCCCCCGGGCUCGCGGCCCGUCAGCCAGCCCUGCUGCCGACCCACGAGCUACGAGGCCGUCUCGUUCAUGGACGUCAACAGCACCUGGAGGACCGUGGACCGCCUCUCGGCCACUGCCUGCGGCUGUCUGGGCUGAGGGCUCGCUCCAAGGGCGUGCGGACAGAUCCUGACCCGUGGAUCUAACUGCCUGGGACCACUGGGGGCUCGGCCGGAGAUGGAGGCUUCGGCCGUGUGAGUGAUGGACAUCAGCCCUGCGGAGAGGGAGGCACGACUGACCGGCGGCUCCAGGGGGUCUCACCCUGCCAGCCUCAGCCCAGCAGACACCAGAGACCUCAGCUGUGGAGAGUCGAGGACCCCCUGCUCACAGACUGUCACUGCCCGGGCCAGGAACCCAGGACUCCUCUAGAGAACCCAGCAGUGUGCGGUCUCAACCUCAUUCUGGGCCUGGGGGGACAGAUUUGGAGACAUGUAAUUCGUUGCCGAAGUGCCUGUGCUGGAGCGGGCCUUAGACUCUCUGGCGGGAGCUGGACCCCUAUUUAUUACUUCUAAGUUAUUUAUUUACUUCUGUGGUUUGUCAGAUCCUUUCCUGGGCUAUGGUGGCUGGAUGGGGGAUGGGUAGAAGCAGUUGGAUGGAGAUCCCGCCCUGACCAUCCUGCUCACAACUUCGGGCUCACUCAGCAGUCAUAAGCCUGGCCUGGGACUGCUUGCCCUCAACCAGCAGCUCUGGAACCUGAGGGGCAUGUAACACAGGCAGAGGAGGUGGCAAAGAUGUGUUCGCUGCCCAGCCUCCAGCAGUUGGAACCUGGGGUUACUGGUGGAGAAAGCCAUUGCCUUGAGACCUCAGGCAUGCUGGGGGCUUGCUUGAUGGUAAAGAUUGCACCACCCCACUGUCACUGAUCAGAGUCCUACCCUUCAGGACACCCUGACAGGUGCAUAUACUGCCUGUGCUUGCAGAUAGCCCAGCACAGGGAGCUCACUACCCACAUUCUGUGAAGCAGCCCGUGUCAAGAGAGCAGCUGAAA